CCAUGACAGCUGAUCAUGGCGGAGAAUUUUGGCGGUUCCCACACUUAUGUUGGUUCAGAAGAUGUGACAGAUGACAUGGAGCAUGAUCAAGACUUGGAUGAAGGUUUUGCCGCAGGUGGGGAUGAUUAUAUGCAAGAAGCAGCUGAGGAUGCUAGGGGGUUGGAAAAUGGGAUUGGGUCGAUGGGUAUAGAGUUUGAGAUGCAUACCCACGUUCAGGAAAAUCUUGAUGAAGAGGAAGACGAAGAGAUGUCUGGUGAUGAGGGUGACGAAAUAGAUGAGGAUGAAAACGAUAAUGAAGAAGAAGACGAGGAGGACAAUGACUUGGAAGAAGAAGAAGAAGAAGAUGAUGUACAUCACCUACCUCAUCAUGACACCGAUCAAGAUGAUCAUGAGCUUGAGGAUGAUGAAUUUGAAGAGGAAAUACUGGUUGAAGAGGAUGAAAGGAUGAAGAUGAUGAGGAUCGGGUAAUUCUCAGGUUUGAGGAUGGAAUCAAUGGGCUAAACGUUCUUGAUCAUUUGGAGGUUCUUAGAGAUCAUAGAUUUUCUGAUGAAACACUUCAUGUAAUGCCUGUUGAAGUUUUUGGCUCGAGACGUCAAGGACGAACAACUUCUAUUUACAGCCUUCUUGGCAGAACUGGGGAUGGUGCUACUCCUUCACAGCAUCCUCUUUUAUCUGGAUCUCCAUCACUUCCAGUGUCCCAAAGUCAAACAGAAAGCACAAGUGAUCUUACUGUUGGAGGUAGGGAUUCCAACGGUAGUUCUUCGUCACGGCUGGAUGCUAUAUUCCGAUCUUUGAGGAAUGGCCGGCAGGGGCAUCGUUUGAAUUUAUGGGCUGAUGACAGCCAGCAAAUUGUUGGAUCUGGCGCUUCUACAGUACCACAAGGCCUUGAAGAUUUACUGGUAUCUCAGUUGAGACGUCCCGGCUCUGAAUCCUUCU